AUGGGGGAAACCCAGCUGAUUAAAAGAUCCAACAGACGAUCUUUUUUCAAAGUUGGUGGGCUGCAUUUUGGCAUGCACGGGUUGCUAGGUUUUUCUUCAUUAUCUCUGACCAUCCUCGCAUACUACAGCUAUCCAAGCGAAUACCCAAUAUGGAUUGGAUUGUCGCAAGUUGCAAAUCUAGUAACGGUUACCCAUGCCCGAAAUCUUCUCUCUCAAGUGCCGGCAUCCACACAAAUUUUUCCUGGUAUAGUUGCCCCGCACAAGGAAGCAUUCCAACGGACAAUCAGCGGAAUGCAAUACCUCGUCACACGUGUCACAUGUCUGGUCUUUCGGGACCAUUCCAUGGAUAUUGGAUUCCGUAGUACCUUGGCACUCUUACUGUGGCGUGCUUGGCCUUUAAUUCCUUCGUACCAAGCUGAGUGGCUCAAUGGCAAUACGUGGAUUUUUGUUAUUCCAAUGGCCCUCGGUGUCGCAGGAGAUUUGAUCCAGUUCUGGAACGGUGACGUCUUUUCGUCGCGGCAAAUUCUGUCAAUUCAAUUGCAUGGGUUGCUUAUGGCCUUUGGCUUCACACUGGGUUUUCGAAACUAUUUACCCAUGCCACUUGUUUAUAUGGGAGCUGCGUUCGUAAACCGGCCAACUUUUUUCGGGGGAGGUGCGAAACUGGUCCAUCCAACCGUAAACAUUCGAAAAAACGUUGAUUUGGGAUCGGUAGAAGACACGACUCCUCUGAACGCCCCCACACGUUUGGCAACAAACGUCCGUUUAAUGAAGUCGUGGGCCCCGCACACUGUCAGCAAUUUUGCAACAAGCCUGGUGUCCCGUGCCCCCCUUCCAGACACUUUUUCCGACUCACGUGACCAUUUUUUCAAACAUGGAAACGUCCUUUGCAGGAAAGAAAAAGCAGAUUUCUUUCUCCCUGGGGAAGCAUUUUCGGUGUGCACAACAGUUUUGGAUGCCACGGUGGUUGGAAUGGACACGUUCACCAUCGUGUACAACGGCGGUAGCUCGACCGCGACGCCUGUCGCGCACGGUGGUCUAGUGCACGACACCGACGUCACCCGACUCGAAUACGCCAACGGGCAAGUUAUGAUUACCACUACAAUCGUUGACGAAAAUUUUGCUUCGCAACACUCUGAAAUUGAAAUCGACGAGAUGGUCGCCGUUACCAUAUUGCAAAACAUUGGUGAAAUCCGUCAAUCCUCACGACACCUUAUUCACUAUCACGGUUUACCGCGGAAGGGAGAUGACAUUCAAGCUCGACCAAAUCUGAGACGGUUGCAGCCAGGCUUAAUUUCCAACGACUCAUUGACACCAGCAGAAAAUUCGACUCGGCUUGUGCCAUCGCCUCCAUCUCCUACAACCAGGACCGUCUCUUACCCCGAUUGGAAGAUUCUGGAGUGGUUGGAUGAGUUACCCACAGGGAUGGCCUAUUUUAUCUGGGUUGUCCUGGCUGCCAUCGUACUGAUCACUGGCUUUUGCUGUGUACUAUUUUCGGUCCUUCCCCUUAUUUACCGCUUGGAAUCUUUUCGAGCUCACCGUGCUGAACAGCUGGCGAUUGCCCGAGCUUGCGCAAAGAUGGAUGUGUUUACGAACGAAAAUCUUACACAAUGCUUUGGAAGCAACUGGUACAACUUAUACAUUGACGGUACGCUGCCACUGGAAGCGAUCAAAUUUGAUGACGGCCUACUGCGUGUGGAACGAAACCGCAAGCGUUACGAGCGCAUGAUGGAG